UUGGCAUAUUACCAUUGCGACUUGGACAAUUAUGAUCUUGCUAUAUUAUAUGAUGAUGACGCUUAUGCUAAAUCUUUAUCUCAGAAUCCAUUAGCGACUCGGCCUGUUAUAUUAGUUGACGAUUACAGAAAAUUAUCUCUCAAAGAUCUUCGUAAAUUAUUAAAAAUACCCUAUAAUAGGGAGCGGAUUGAAAAUGCCAGUAGGAAAAUGUUAGAAGAUGUACAGGCUUUUUUGAAGUGA